UCGUGGUCAAUUGUUGUUCCAAUAGUUUGUGUUUAUAGUCCAGUCAAUGAAUGCUCAAAAGGGGGGUGUAGAGAACAUGGAGAGGGGGAAAUUUUUUUAAGAGUUGUCUAGACUUUAGUAGUUCAAUAUUUCGUCAGUUUUAACUGGCAACUGUGUCACUCGUGCGGAAGUUACAAAACAGCUGAUGUUGUCUCUCGUCGCAGUUUUUUUAGUGAUCUGAUCUAGAAGUCUACGUCUGUCGUCUGUCGUCUACCGCUCUACUCAGCUGUGGAGCCAGCCGGCAGCCUGCCUGAUUGAUUCAUCCUCAACAUUUUUUAUUGAUCAUGGUGAGGUGAUUGUUAAAAAUGUUUAUUAUGUUUGAGAGAUGUUAAAGUUCAUCGCUAAAAUAGUUGGUAAAAUAUUCUUUCUGGGACAUUUUUAGUUUCAUCCACGGAUCUAUCUUUUAUCUCAGGUAAUAACUGAUCUGAGAAUGACUGAAGGUGAGCCUAGAAGGUUCCAUGAAAUUGAAAUUCCUGUACCUUGGGGACAUGUUUCAGGCAAAUGGUGGGGUCCACGCAACAAAGACCCGAUCAUCGCUAUCCACGGGUGGCAGGACAAUGCUGGGACGUUUGACAACCUCGCUCCUCUCCUACCCGUGGAACUAGCUCUGUUGUGUAUAGACUUGCCUGGCCACGGCUUCUCGUCUCACUAUCCACAGGGUCAAUACUACUACAUUUGGUGGGACAGUUUGGUCCUGCUGCGGCGGGUGGUGCUACACUUGGGGCUGAAGCGGGUGUCAUUGCUGGGUCACUCUCUGGGUGGCGCCGUCGGGUUCCUGUACGCGGCCACCUACCCGGAAACUGUCGACAAGCUGGUGUCAAUAGACAUUGUGUGCCCCAGGGUGGAGAGGCCAGAAAUACUCGUUGAUCAGACAAAAAUCUGCAUUGACAGGUAUCUGAAGUACGAGAGCAUGGCGGGGGAGAGCGUUCCGUGCUACGACAGGAAGACAAUGCUCAAUAUUGUAGAAGACGCCUACCAGGGGUCUGUGUCGAGGGACAACUGUGAGGUACUCAUGAGACGGGGGAUGAAACCAUCACCGACCGAUGAGGACAAGUACUACUUCUCUAGAGACGCUAGACUCAAGAUUGCUGGACUGGCGCAGUUCUCCAAGGACCUGGUAAAAGCGUACGCAUCCAAAAUAACCUGCGAAUACCUCAAUAUCCGAGCGGAACCCGGCAUUUCGUUUGCGUACCCAGAACUCUACGAUGAACUCUUAGACACUAUCAAGGAGAAGUCCGCGAAAUUUGAGUACCACAAGGUAAAGGGAAGUCACCAUAUUCAUCUGGAGGACGCAUCGGCCGUCGCUGAUAUCAUUGGCAAGUUCUUCAUGUCCGAACCCGUUGAAGACUUGUCAAACAACCUCAACGACUUGGUUGUUUAAUGUGAAACUCGCCUAGCUUCUUUCUGAUAGUAUUUACCUAUUGCACAGCACUACUUGUGAUCUUAGAUAAUGUGUAUAUUUUUUAAAUUAUUUAUUAGUUUUGUAUUAUAAUGAAUUUUGCUACGUUACUUAUGAUAUAGUUUUCGGUCAAGGGUUAUUCUACUAUUUUACUGAGAGAUUUUAAAUAAUUUUAUAUAAAAAUUGAAAUGUUUUUAAUCUUUACAGUUUUAUUUAUUAUGUAUUGACAAUUUUAUUUUUAAGAAAUUAGUUUUUACUUCCUCGCGUCGAAAUAUUAUAAUAUUUACACUUUAAUCUAGUUGUAAUACAAAUAUCUCAUGUUUGUACAAUCAACUAAAGAAAUUGAUUUAUAGCACAAAAUAUAAUCUUAAACAAGCUUACAUUAUGUUUUCUAAUGAUGUUUAGUAGGAAAACUCUUGUAAAGUGCAUUGAUUACUACUUUAACAUUUAAUACUUCCGAUACAACCUAAAAAAAUAGGUUUUUUGCUUCUGAAGCAUUGAUGAAAUGUUUGGCCUAAGCUUAAGAAUUUAAAUAACUUGUUUGGAAACUGAUUACUACUGAUAUUUAUCAGUAGGUUAGGGAUACUAUGAUACUUUGAGUAUGGAUACUACUGAUAUAAUUGAACUUUUACCAUACUAAGUAGCCGUAGCUAAUGCUAAAUAGCUAUUUUAUGUAUUACAGUUCCACCUAUGGAUAAAGUAUCCUAAAGAUUUGUCUGUGAAUGUAAAACCUUAGACUAUAAAGAACUAGAAAUUCCAGUCUCAUCUUAAAUAGUUAAUAGUGUUAAAAUAAUCAUAGUCAGUUUUAGAAUAUAAAUAAUCGUAGUAUAAUUGACAGGCUCGCAGUUUGCAUAUGAUGCGCUAUGGGCCUGAGAAAUAAUGGCACCGCUCUCCACCUUGUGGGGAAUUUUCCUCUUCCUUGAGCCCCCAAAAACCAAACCCUCCUGAACCCUUCAAUUUGUUAAAGCGGCGCUCAUUAUUGAGCCCCCGACAGAGUGGGCUAAUGUUAAUUACUGAUUAUGUUGGUUCGUUAACAUUUUAAUUUUAUCUGAGCCAAACUGAAAAAAUAACUUAUUGUAACAUUUUGUUGUGAACUCUGAUAUAAAAGUGCUGCAAACAUAUAUUUACAACUUCUUUUAGGAAAAACUUUUGUUGUAAACACUUAAAAACUGCUGAAAACAUAAAAAAAACAACUUAAGAUUCUAGACUUUUUUGUUACGAACAAUCCUGUGUAAACACGGUUUUAGAUGGCCCGAUGUAAAUAUUUUGAUUUAAAAAACCAAAUGUUGGAUAUCCAUCUAUUAUAUUAUUAAAGUGAUACAAUCACAUUUUAUGUUAAUGGUUAAGGCUAUUAACCAAAUAAAAUUAUAGGCAUAUGGCACAUCAAAAUGAAGCUCAUAGUGUGAAAAAAUUCUCUUAGGGCUCUGCUCCACAGACCAAUUUCCAAAUGCCUUACACAUUUUAGAAGUUAACGUUAUUCGACUAAUUUAUAGAAAACAGCUGGUCAAUGAAAUCAACAAUAGUUUGUUGAUUUACAUUUUUGUUUACAUAUAUUAUUAUUUACUUUUAUGUUCAAAGAGGUGCGGUGAAUGAACACUGAUGCUGUUUCUAGCUGUUUGAUUCAAGCUUUGACUCAAUAGUCAAUGAUACAACUGAGUGCUUUAAGGUGUUUGAAAGACGAUGCAUAUGAGAUUAAAAAACAUGUCUGUUGGUCACCGAUCUUUAAACAGGUUGUAUAAUAAGAAGAAUAUUAGUAAUGGAGUAAGAUUAGCUAAUAAGAAUCUGUAACAGGACGUCGUGAAAGAGAGCAGCGAGUUCAUGUCGUUCAGGUACAGAAGUUCCGCGCGCACAGAAGUUUUGGCCAAACUGUACCCACGGCGGCCACCUCAGGACGUAAGGUAUGAAGGUCCCACUGCUUUUAACAUUCCUUCUGAUGAGAAUUCCUUGAACUUGGGCCCUUUAAAUGAAAUAUAAAGUCCAAAUUAAUUUAAUUGUGGCUUCUGAAUUGUACACCCGUGAAUUUACGGGUAGAACCUCUUGUAACUUCUUAAUUCUGUUGUCUUUCAGCUGAACUUUGAUUAUUGGAACCAUUUGGUUUUGGUUUUUAAAGAACCACAUAAUUUAUUAAAUACUAUCAUAGCCUCUAAUACAAGGGAGGCUGCCGUGAGACGAGAGUGGCAAAACCGCAGACCUAGCAUUCGGAAACAGCUUUUGCACUAUUUAGAAUGGAGGUAUAGGAAAUGUUUUAUUUGCAUUUUUGUUAUUGCCCUUUAAAAGGAGGCUAUGAUAUUAUGCAUUAUACCGAGACGUUUAAAUUUAAGACCUUUAUAUAUUUUAUAAUAGUGGAACCUUGAUAAGAAGACCCUGGAUAACAAGUUGCCCUUGAUAACAAGACAGUGUCAUUUACAAAUCCCCUUAAAAUUAUUUACCCCUAAUCACAUGUUAUUACAAACCUCGAUAAGAAGUCAACCUUGAUAACAAGUCUUAUUUUACAAUCCCCAUGAGAGUCUUGUUAUCAAGGUUCUGGUAAUUAGUUUUAGGUUUACUUAACAUUUAAUAAGUAAAAUGUGUUUGUAGAAGGUAGGAUAGAAAGUGCAUGUUUUGCUAUCUGAAAUUUUAUUAGUAUUAUUAAUUGGUUGACCUAAAUAUUUUUUUUUUAGAAAUUAUAACGAUCAAAAUUGUCGUAGUAAAUUAUAGUUGUUAAGACAAUAAAAUAAACAAAGUGAAAUAUGAAGUUACAAACAUAAAAAAUAUAACGCCUUACAUGUGGAACUUCUAUUUUGUAGAAAUAACUUGAAAAAUAGUGUGAUUUUAAUUAAAAGGUGCCUUAAAACUUAACAAAAUGGUGACUUAAAUUCUUAAAUUAAUUAUUUCACUGUUGCUCAAGAAUGUUUUUCCUAAGCAGUAGGUCUGUUGCAUAUUAAAUAAAUACAAAAAAGUUUGAAGUAUAUAGAAAUCCAAAUUUUUGAAGAAAACAAUAUUAAUAUAUUUUUAUUUGAAUAAUGGUUUUAACUUGAGCUUAUGGAAUCCAAACAAACAAGAAAAAGUUAUUUUCCUUUCAUUUGUUGAGAUUAAAUAAAAGUUUCUAUCACAAUUAAUUGUCUUGGUAAAAAUGUAGGAAUUGGCUGAGGUAUGUGGAACUAAAGAAGUCCAUUAAAUAAGUUGUAUUUGCAUGCUGUAAUUUUCUAGUUCUAAAAUUUAUAUUAUUCAUGACAAUUAAAGUAGGAGGAGAGUCAGCCUUAUCACAUCAAAAUGUUCAUUCCAUAAUGUAUCCAAAUGUUAUUUUAAUAUUUUUUUGGAAAGCUCGAGAUUAGUGUUGAGCUUAACAAUUCUGAAGGCAUUUUUGAGCUUGGAAAAUAUGGUAUUUUUUACAUUGAUUUUGAGAUAAUUGUUAGUAAUAGUGUUUUUCUAUAAAGGAUAGUACUUAAUAAUCUUGUCCACCAUGUGUGAUACUAGGCAUCAUAUAUUACUUAUAGAACCUCUAAUUAAUUACUCUCGCAUAAGGGUUCCUGCACUAGAGCUUAUCUAUCCGAAUAAUGUGAUCAAUAAAAUAUUUUGUUGGUUGUUGA